GGUGAUAUUUAUGACAUAGAGAGAUUCAUGACAAGUUUAGAUGGCACAAUUCAAGUAGUCAAAGAUCCACCAAUGGAAGCAUCAAAAGUGAACAUCACAAACAUAAAGGUGCCUUUCAUGGUGACCAAAGACUUCAUUGAAUCAAAAAUUCAGCCAAUAUUCAAAGCCAAAGGAAACUUAAUGCUUACAACAAACUUGUCACCUUCAACUAUGGCAAACGCCAAAGAGAUCAUAAAAAAAGACAAUAUUAAGAUGGACCCUUAUGCAUGCUUAGCAAUAUUUGGGAGUCUUGAAUUGCAACAAGAGUUAAAUCAAUUGGUUAGCUCAAUGAUUGGGACAUUAAGAAGUUUGAGCUAUAAAACAAAUGGACAAUUUGUUGCUGUGGACUUAAAGCUUGAAUCUUUGGGAAAUUUGUGCAAAGGAAAUGUGAUUAAAACUAAGGAUUGUUUUAAUGCCAAAGACAUUGGUGAGUUCUUGAAGAAGAUUGGUUAUCAAAGGCACACUACUAUUUACUUGACUCAAAGUGGAUGGCAUGGCAGUCUUGAUGAUUUCAGAAAGAUCUUCCCUAACACAUUCACCAAGGAUGCAAUAAUUCCAGCAUAUGAGAAGGCUAAGUACCAAAUCACAAAAAGUUCUGAUUUUGAGAAAGUUAUUGACUUCCAAAUAUGCACACAAGCUGAUGUAUUUGUACCAACAAUCUCCAAUCUAUUCUACACUAAUGUUGUAGCAAAGAGAAUUGCCUCUGGAAAGACAGAGGUACUUGAUCCAACACAAAAGGAUUCUACUUCAUCUUCUAUUGUCAACUAUGUCUCUCCAUACAUAUCCAAGAAAUCACACUGGGCUUAUUCAUGCUUUUGUUGAUCAUCAUCAAUCAUAUAUAAGUGUAAGCAAAUUGUGUCUACUUUUAUUUUAAAGUCAACAUGUGAGAGAGUUGUAGAAUAGCCUAUAGUUCA